AAGUCUCGGCACCCGAUUAUGAGUAAGAAUUUGGUUGACGUUACCGGAGAUGACUGGAAGAGAAUCAGAUCGAUAGCCAGUCCGACAUUCACUUCCGGAAAGAUGAAGAAAAUGUAUCCAAGAAUUAGAGAGUGUUUGACAGACUUUAUGAGCCAUUUGGAGGGCUUUGCAGUAAAUAAGAAAGAAAUUAAUAUAAAGGAUAUGUACGGGAACUACACUAUGGAUGUGAUCGCCACGUGUGCCUUUGCCACGAAGACCAAUGCUCACAACGAUUUGGACAGUCCUUUCGUAUUAAACGCUAGAAAAGUGUUUAAUUUUAAUAUCAUAAAAAUACUGUCACUCAUAGUUUUGCCCACAUUUUUGGUGAAAAGAAUUUUCGGCGGAAAUAAGGAUAAAACUGGAGUCGAGUUCUUCUUAGAGACCACCCGUCAGAUCAUUUCUACCAGACGUCAGAGUAAACAAAAGUAUAAUGAUUUCAUUCAACUGCUUAUGGAUGUCGAGAAGGACGGAGACAUCACUAGAGAUGAGGCAGAUAUACAUGAAUCACAUCAUGUAAACGAAGGAGAGGAAGAGUUGGAAAGUGAGAAGAAGGCUUUGAAUGUGAAUUUGGUUAACAAACAGUUGACUGAAUAUGAAAUCCUGGCGCAGGCUAUCGUCUUCUUUUUAGCCGGGUAUGAGACGACGGCCACUACUCUGACGUUCUGUACGUAUGAGUUGGCUCUCAAUCAAGAUAUUCAGGACAAACUGUACGAAGAAAUCAAUUCUGCCGUCGAUUCCAACGGAGAGAUCAGUUACGAAGAGUUGGCUCGACUGCCAUAUUUAGAUGCCGUCCUCUCAGAAACACUACGUCUUCAUCCGCCGGCCCAACGAUUGGCACGACUCGCCUCUACUGACUAUAAAUUGGGUGAAACUGGUAUUACAUUACUUAAAGGCCAACAAAUUGAAUUUCCAAUCCAUGGUAUUCACCACUUGGAGGAAUAUUACCCGAACCCAUUCCAGUUUAACCCUGAUAGGUUUUUGCCUGAGAAUAGACAUAACAUAAUUCCCUACACAUACCUGCCCUUUGGUGCCGGCCCUCGCAAUUGCAUUGGUAUGAGGUUUGCAUUACUCGAAGCAAAGUUAGGUUUGGCUCAUAUUAUCAGGAAAUACAGAUUCUUCAGAACUCCUAAUACAGACGUCCCUCUCAUAUACAAGCGAUCAUUCCGUUUGGCGUCUCCUAAAAGACUUUUAGUGGGAAUUGAGAAAAGGGACCAAUAGUUUGCCACUAAUGUACAGUACUAUUUGUAAACUUAUAAAUUAUAAGUUAUAAUAAGUAUACACAACGUUAAUACAUUACAUUAAAUAUUCAUAUGAUUCUAAGACACUUAUUAAAAUAAUAAAAUUUGCCAAACAUUAACAAACAUUUAAUGGUAACACAUCCAUAUAAUAAUAAUAAUGUAAAAAUUCUUUAUAACUAAAUAAUUCUUUGAGAAAAAUUAUUCACUAC